AUGUCCACUCCAUUUGGUGUCGAUUUAGGAAACAACAACUCUGUCAUUGCGGUGGCAAGAAACAGAGGUAUUGACGUUGUCGUCAACGAGGUGUCGAACAGAGCCACGCCCUCGGUUGUCGGGUUCGGAAUGAAGAACAGGGCGAUCGGCGAGACCGGUAAGAACCAGCAGACGUCGAACUUGAAGAACACGGUCACAGGGUUGAAGAGACUGUUGGGGUUGUCCACCGAGUCGCCAGACUUGCAGGUCGAACAGGCGUUCUCCACGGUGCCAUUGGUGGGCAAGGAGGGCCAGGCGUGCGCCAAGGUCAGAUUCCAGGGCGAGCAGCAGGAGUUCACGUCCGUGCAGCUGGUGGCCAUGUACUUGAACAAGUUGAAAGACAACACCGAGAGAGAAACCAAGUCCACUGUGAAGGACAUCUGUCUCGCUGUCCCAGUCUGGUACACAGAGGCGCAGAGAAGAGCCGCCGCCGACGCGUGCAAGAUCGCCGGCCUCAACCCGGUCAGAAUCGUCAACGAGGUCACCGCCGCCGCCGUGGGUUACGGCGUCUUCAAGACCGACUUGCCAGAGUCGGACCCCAAGAAGGUUGCCUUCAUCGACAUCGGCCACUCCAGUUACACCUGUACCGUUGCCGCCAUCAAGAUGGGCGAGAUGAAGGUCCUCGGUACCGGCUACGACAAGCACUUUGGUGGUAGAGACUUUGACAAGGCCAUCACCGAGCACUUUGCCGACGAGUUCAAGGAGAAGUACAAGAUCGACAUCAGAUCCAACGCCAAGGCCUACUCCAGAGUCUUGGCCGCCUCCGAGAAGUUGAAGAAGGUCUUGUCCGCCAACUCCGCCGCCCCAAUCAACAUCGAGUCCGUUAUGAACGACGUCGACGUCUCUUCCCAGAUGACCAGAGAAGACUUGGAGGAGUUGGUCCAGCCCCUCCUCAAGAGAGCAGCCAACCCUGUGCACGAAGCGCUCAAGAUGGCCGGCCUCACCACCGAGGAAGUCGACUCCAUCGAGUUGAUCGGUGGUACCUCUAGAAUCCCAUGUUUGAAGAACACCAUCACCGAGAUCUUCGGCAAGCCUUUCUCCACCACCUUGAACCAGGACGAAUCCAUCGCCAAGGGUGCCGCCUUCAUUUGCGCCAUGCACUCUCCAACUUUGAGAGUCAAGCCUUUCAAGUUCGAAGACAUCAACCUACACUCCGUCACCUACUUCUGGGAACAAGGUAGCGAGGACACAGACCACCUGGAAGUCUUCCAAAAGGGCGCCUCUUACCCAUCCACUAAGAUCAUCACUCUUUACAGAACCAAGGACUUCGAGGUCGAUGCUAAAUACACCCACCCUGAGGACUUGCCUCCUGCAACCAACACCCUGAUUGCCAAGUGGUCUGUCUCAGGUGUCGAAGUCCCAGAAAACGAGGAAUCAGCCACCUGUAAGUUAAAGGUCAGACAAGACCCAUCAGGCUUCUACACCAUUGAAGAAUCAUACAUUGUUGCAGAAAAGGAAUUCAAGGAGAUUGUUGAACAGCCAGAACCAGAAAAGAAGGAAGAAGCCGCAGAAGGUGAAGAGGGUGAAGAAGAAGAAGCAGCAAAGGAACCAGAAUACAAGAUUGUCAAGAAGCUUGUCAAGGUCAAGGACUUGAACGUUCAAUAUUUCGGCCCAACCCUCACCAAGACCAUCCUCGACGAAUUCCACGAAAAGGAGUUCAAGAUGAUCGCUGACGACAAGCUUGUUGCAGAAACCGAAGAAAGAAAGAAUGCUCUUGAAGAAUACAUCUACACUUUGAGAGGUAAAUUAGAAGAAGAGUACAAGGACUUUGCUAGCCCAGAAGAAAAGGAGAAGUUGUCCAAGAUGUUGAUGGACACCGAAGAAUGGUUAUACGACGAAGGUUACGACUCCACCAAGGGCAAGUACGUUGCCAAGUACGAAGAGUUGGCAUCCAUUGGUAACCUUAUCAAGGGCAGAUACAACGCCAAGCAGGCCGAGUUGAAGCAAAAGAAGAACGAAAAGAAGGAAGCAGCAGCUGCUGCAGACAUCUUCGCUAAGAUCGCUGCCAACAGAAAGAAGGAUGGUGAUGGUGAUUCCGAAAUGAAAUAG